AUAUGGCCCGAAUGAACCGCCCAGCUCCUGUGGAAAUCACCUACAAGAACAUGAGAUUUCUGAUCACACAUAAUCCAACCAAUGCAACCUUAAACAAAUUUAUAGAGGAACUUAAGAAAUACGGUGUUACCACAGUGGUGAGAGUGUGUGAAGCUACUUAUGACACUGCUCCGGUGGAAAAAGAAGGCAUUCAGGUUUUGGACUGGCCCUUUGAUGACGGUGCUCCACCAUCCAACCAGAUUGUUGAUGAUUGGCUAAACCUCCUUAAAGUUAAAUUUCGUGAAGAACCUGGUUGUUGUAUUGCUGUACACUGUGUUGCUGGUCUUGGAAGAGCUCCAGUCUUAGUUGCUCUUGCACUGAUAGAAUGUGGAAUGAAGUAUGAAGAUGCAGUGCAGUUCAUAAGACAGAAGCGGCGUGGAGCUUUCAACAGCAAGCAACUUCUGUACUUGGAGAAAUACCGCCCCAAGAUGCGUCUGCGCUUUAAAGACUCCAAUGGUCACCGAAAUAAUUGUUGUAUUCAGUAAAGCUCAACAGCCUAUAGUACUUCUUUGGAAAUAAAGGAUGGAAGCUAGAAUUGAGCAGACUGCAUGCCAAAGACAUCAGUCUGGUAUUUUUUAGUAGUAAAGGAAGCUUCCUUAGGAGUAUUUAUUAGGCUAAAGGCUGAGUAGAAAUGCAACUUCUAUGUUUAGAUAAAUAUCUGUCUAUUUGGAGACCCAGUAAAUGUUUUUGCUGUACCCUGUUUCUGAGCUGUCUCCUUGUUCAUUAAUUAUUAGAUCAAAUAUCCUUUAAUCAUGCCAUUGAGUCUUACUGACCUAGUUUCAACUACUAAAAAUUGGGGUACUAAAAUAAAUGAAUCUGUAGAGAGAUUAGGUGCCAAAAUACCCAGCAUAUCAGCUACAUGUUUUUCCUUAAAAUGGGCAUAGUUCUGAUGAUGUGAGAACUACCAGCUUAUCUGGACCUUACUAUCUUUUUUCUACAGUCAUUUCAAUAUUGAACAAUAGGGCCUCUAAAGUACUCUUGCCUGCUCACGGUAUGUUUUGUCUCCCACAAUCGCACUAGAAUUAUCAAGAUUUGCACAGUCUGUCUUUUUAAUACUAUGAAUUACAGCAACUUUUUACCCCUGCAUCUGUACUUUCUGUUACCUGAACCUCUCCAUAUUACGAGUCAUUACUCUGGUUAUUCAUGUAGAAGAUCUUUUAAAUUGUACAGAAGCACACAAGUCUUUAAUGUCUCCAGACAAAAAGCCUUACAGUAAAAUUAAUGUUGGCACUUCAUGUGCAACUUAACAGAGGGCCUGAAAAGGUUGGGAGGGGCUAUUUAAUAUUUCUAGUAAAAUGUUGCCUUUGUCUUGUGCAGGAAGUAUAGAAUAUGCCCUUUACUUUAGUAAAUAUUUUUUUAAAACGUAGAAAUGCUUUGUUAUUGUAGCUAAAAAUUCUUAAUCAGAAAAUUUCGGAAAAAUCUUGUAGUUUUCUUUUACUGUACCUAUUGAGAGUUGUUUACCAACUAUUGCUUUGUUGAAAGUGUGAUCUUUUAUUUUCAUUUUUUCUCCUUGAGUUUCUGCUAUGACUUGGGCAGACCUCUGUAAUAUUUUGUAUGCCUUUCAAGCUGCGUAACUUAAUAUUUGGAUACUUGAUAAUUUGUUUUAUUAUGUAAUUGAUAAAAUGGUGAUGUGUAUUAAUGUUAGUUCAACCAUAUAUUUAUACUGUCUUGGGAAUGUGUGGUUAUAGUUCUGUGGGAGAAAUACUUUUGCCAGUGUUCACCAGCUUGUAAAAUCUAGUGCGAGAGCUUAAAACAUCUAAAUAAAGACUGAAAUGCACUUACGAAGUUUGCUGAAAUGCUCAUCACUUUCACUUACUUUUGUGUACUAUGUCAGCAAUCUUGAGGUGCCUAAAUUCAGAAUCUAGUCAGGCAUCUGUUUUCUUUUUUUUUUUUAAAUCUGGGCCUGAAUGUCCCCUUUGCUGUAAUGUUUGCUGUUUGCUUUACCCAUAAAUAAAUGUGGACAAAAAUCAA